UUAAUAUCUUUUCGUGGCCGUGUGUUAUUUUUGAGUCCUUAAUGCAUUCAUUCAUUGCUCAAUCCUUUGUUUUAGAGUCCUCCACUCCCAGAGGAAACGCGGUAACUGAGAACGAUGUCGUUGUUCUCAGAAACGCCCCUCGGUCUUCCAAUCACUCUCAAAGCUGCGAGGGCCAGAAUCGCCAAGAAACUCUCCGUUACCCGCCUAACGGGGCCACGUUAGGGAGAUCAAAAGCACAUUCCAGGAACACCAGGAAUCAGAAAAGGCAGAAGAAAACAAUGCGGGCGUUGCCAGCCCACCAUCCCACGUUGCUAGAAAUGCUUCUAGCCAAGGACAUACGGCACGAAAGGAACGUGAUCCUUCAGUGCAUCCGCUACAUCCUGCAGAACGACGGCCUGGGAUUCCGUCUGGGAAGCCCUUCGGAUGCUCCGUCGGACAGCGAGACGACCCCCGAGCGCACGCAGAAGUCGGCGGCAGGCCAGCCUUGCCAAUUAACCCGCCCUCUCGACUUGAACCCGAACAAAAUGCAACCGCGCGAAGUAGGUCAAAGCGAAGAGGAUGUCUUCUCAUCUCCAGCUGGGGAUGAAGAUGUUUGGGAAUCCACAGAGAUCACUCAUGAAGACAACUAAAUCUCUUUUUUUUCCUUUUUUCUUUUAACCUAUGCCUGGGUAACGGUUACCCAUCCAUCUUUGGAUGCUUGCUGAAACGCCUCAGACCAGCGGGGUCUCCAACCUCGGCCCCUUUGAGUCUUGUGGAACUUCAACUCCCAGAAUUGCUCAGCCAGCUGUGCCUGCUUUUUCCCCCUCUCU